GAUGCUGUGAGUUGCGCCAUCUUUUUUCAUCCCCUAUUUGGGUGUCGAGAAAGUGUGCUGAGAGCACUUGGAAAAAGUAUUUUGCGAUCUUCUCACGAGUAUUUGAGGAAGAAUGGCCAGUUCCGCCUCUAAAGCGCCCCUCUUCCGAUCAGUUGCGAUUCGCGGAUAUGCCGCUCAGGCUGCCUCUAAGCCUGCCCGUGGCUCUGGCGAUGUGCAGACAACCACUCUGCCCAACAAACUCGUGGUAGCUUCAGCCAAACCUGGCCUUCCGCUGUCACGAGUCUCCAUCCUCGUCAGAGCUGGUUCUCGCAAUGAGACGUACGAGAACCUGGGCGCUGCCCACGUCCUCCGCGUGGCCGCCGGUCUGACCACAAAGGGCUCCACCACAUUCGCCAUCACGCGCAAUAUCCAGCAAAUCGGAGGCAGCCUCAGUGUGACCGGCGAUCGCGAAACCCUCGCGUACACCCUCGAAGUGACCCCGAAUCACUUGGAUACAGGGCUGAAGUUCCUUCAGGACGUGGCCACUGGACAGGAGUUCAAGCCGUGGGAACUCGAGGAAAUUGUGCCGCGACUGCGUGAAGAUCUGGCUCGUGUCAGUCUGCAGACGCGCGCCGUGGAUUUGCUCCAUCGCGCCGCUUAUCGCAGUGCCCUCGGCAAUUCCCUGUUCUGCCCCAAGCACCAGAUCGGACGCAUCUCCCCGGAGACUCUGCAGCACUACGUGGCGUCGAACUACACAACCAACAGGACUGCCGUCGUGGGCGUCGGAGUGGAGCACAACACUCUCGUUGGCUAUGCGCAGAAUCUGCCCCUGGAUUCCGGCGCUGGCAAGGACAACGUGUCCUCUUUCGUGGGCGGACAGGAGGCUCGGCUCGAUCGCGGCGGUCGAUUGGCUCAUGUGGCCAUCGCCACUCAAGGCGCCGGCUGGGCGACUCCCAAGGAAGCUCUGGCUCUGCAUGUGCUCCAGUACGCCGCCGGUGUGGGUUCCUGGACGAAGCGCGGCAAUGUGAACGGCGUGAUCGGCAAGGCAGUAACUGCCGCUCUGGGCGACAAGCCUUUAGGCUUCGGCGCCUUCAAUGCCAGCUACAGCGAUGACGGACUCUUCGGCUUCGUCCUCUCCACGGAGGCCAGGGAUGCUGGCAAGGCUAUUGAAGCAGCUCUGAAGACUCUGCGCACGGGAAGCCUCUCGUCCGAGGACAUCGCGCGCGGCAAGACGCAAUUCAAGAACGACUUCCUGUACUACGUGGAGAACGGCGAGAACUUCGCCACCGACAUGGGCGCCCAGGCUGCGCUGUGCGGAGCCGUGCUCUCGCCGGACGCCAUCGUGGCUGAGAUCGACGCAGUUUCUGCCUCUGAUGUGAAUGCUGCGGCGAAGAAGGUGGCGUCAGCUAAACUGGCCCUGGGAGCCGUCGGGAAUCUUGCAACUGUGCCCCACGUACAUGAAUUGUAAUUCUUCGCUCGCGUAUUUAAUUGAAUGACUAAUAAAUUCACGUGAGGAGCCCACUGAAGAGGAGAGGCUCUAAGCAGCGACAGUUGUGGGGAAUAGUUAAUAAAUUUAUUGUUAAUCGA